AUGAACGACUGCGAAGAUAACGAAUCGAAGCCCUCCAGCGAGCUACAAAGAAACGUGCACAACGCCCUAGUUGUGUUCGGACUAGUCGCAGAAAUGAUCCUCGUGGACAAUCACCUCCUGGAGUCGGUCAGCAUAAAUGACAUCUACAAAAAGCGCAGCGAUUACGUCACCCCGGUGGAGAAUUCGCCCGAGGGGAAGGUCCGAAAGCCUUUGCUAAAGGAAGGAAAGCCCUUUUUAAAGGAAGCACAGCUGGAGAAGCAGGCACACAGGCCAAACCACACCAAAGGUGGGGAAACCAACGCAGCAGAUGAACCACACCAACUGGCCGAACAGAUCAAAUUAAAAUUUUCGCAAAUAUUUCUAAGUCCACUUAGGAAGAAGACAAAACAACCCUACAACGACAAACUGAGUAGCAUUAAAUAUGCCAUAGCAGGGUGCACAUACAUGCAUGGGAAGAUAUGGGGCAAAAAUGUGUCCCUAAGAAAUGUGUUGAACGCAAUUGAUUUUAACCUCUUUUUGUUAAACAACGGGUUCUACACAGUUAAAUGUGGCACAUCUAAAAAAGAUGCAGAACAGUUGUCUGAUAGUAUCAACCAAUUUGAACCCACUAGUAAGGAAAACAUCUAUUAUGAGAAAGAACAAAGUCUGAAGAUGGAAAAAGUGAGUCUACGCGCCUUAUCCUUUAACCUCACCAGCAGCAUGUCAAAAUAUGCCCUACUCUACGAAUUGAUGUUUAUUACUAGAUCACCCUACAUUGUGAAUAAAUUCCUUAUUUCCGUUUUUAAUGACGUUAUUUGCAUUCCAGACCUAGAGAGCAGAUUUGAUGACCCAGCCAUUAUCAUUUCGUGCAUGUUAUUUGUUAAUCAUUUUCUAUACCACAUCAAUCGGCACGAUCAGUUGAGCUCCCCUCAUUUGGGACUAAUAAAAGAAAAAUACCUUUCUCAAGUGGAAAAAAUUGUGAAUAUAUUUCUCCUCCUGAACAAAGCGAACCCAAAAUCGGACAUGAAGGAUGUUAUUUUUCUUACGAAGGAGAUUGUGCACAUGUAUUCUGUGACGUAUUGA